AUCCUUCUGGAUGCGGGAGCUGUGGUCGACUCUAAGAACGAGGAUGAGCAAACUCCUCUUCACCUCGCUGCGGAUGGUGGGAAACUGAGGAUCAUCCAGGAGCUGGUGGGGAGGAAACGGGAGAUCGUCCACGACGACGAUGAAAACGGGAACACCGCGCUUCAUCUAGCUGCGUUGAGUGGAAGAGUGCAGUGUGUGCGGGAGUUGGUGAGGUUGGGGGCAAGUAUUGAGGCAAGGAACGCCAAGCAAUGGACUCCAUUAGAUUGUUGCGCCUCCGCUGGUAUGUAUAAGUCAGCCACCGUAUUGUUGGAAGCCGACUCACCCGUUGACCCCAAGGACAAACGGAAGAUAACUCCCCUUCAUCUGGCGUGUCAACAGGGACACCAAGUGAUGGUGGAUGUGCUCAUUAAGUAA